GAAUUUAGGGAUAGUGAAGACAACAACAGAUUAAUCGAGAACUUUCCUCAGAUUUCAGAACCCAUCCUCAGUAAGAAUGUCAGAAAGGGUUGACUGGUUACAAAGCCAAAAUGGGGUAUGCAAAGUUGAUAUCUAUUCACCCGGAGACACCCAACCCCAGGACUGGAAAAUGGAAGCCUCAACUGAUCCUGUCAGAGUGCUCAGCUGGCUCCGCAAAGACCUGGAAAGAAGUACAGCAGGGUUCCAAGAUGUUAGGUUUAAGCCCGGAGAAUCAUCAUUUGGUGGGGAAAUGACCGACACAGGAGAUCCAUGCAAGGGUUUCUUUGUGGACUAUUACAAUACCACCAACAAGGACAGUCCAGGGAGAUUGCAUUUUGAGAUAACUCACAGAGAGAACCCUCUCCAGGGCCCCAGGGCCCAACUUGGCAAUAAGAGUUCAGUAGAUGAAAUUUCCUUCUAUGCUAACCGCCUCACAAAUCUAGUCAUAGCCAUGGCCCGCAAAGAGAUCAACGAGAAGAUCAAUGGCUCUGAAAACAAAUGUAUCCAUCAGUCAUUGUACAUAGGAGAUGAACCCAACAAAAGCCUGAGUAAAGUGGCAUCAGAGCUGGUGAACAAGACUGUCUCUGCAUGUUCCAAAGCCACUACCUCGGAUAAGAUUCCUGGCUCUGGUGACAGAGCCUUGGGAUUGUUCCAGAGUCCCCCAAAUUUGAGAUACAAGACUACUUUGAAGAUCAAGGAGAACAGUAAAGAGAGCAACGGUCCAGCUGACAAGCCUGCUUCUAAGAAAUCUUUCUUCUAUAAGGAAGAGUUUGAAUCUCAUAAUGCAGUUGAUGCCAAAGAGGGUGGAAGGUCCUUCCCUGGGGAGAGAAAGAUGUUCAGAGGGCAAGAAAGGCCUGAUGACUUUACAGCUUCUGUUAGUCAAGGAAUCAUGACCUAUGCCAACAGUGUGGUAUCUGAUAUGAUGGUCUCCAUCAUGAACACACUAAGGAUCCAAGUGAAGGAUACAACCAUUGCCACCAUCCUGCUGAAGAAGGUACUGAUCAAGCAUGCGAAAGACGUGGUCUCAGAUCUCAUUGACUCCUUCAUGAAGAACCUUCACAAUGUCACAGGGAGCCUCAUGACUGAUACAGACUUUGUCUCGGCUGUGAAAAGAAGUUUAUUCUGUCAUGGAAGCCAGAAGGCCGCAGAUAUCAUGGAUGCCAUGCUGAAUAAGCUAUACACUGUGAUGUUUGCCAAGAAACCUCCUGAGUAUAUCAGGAAAACCAAGGACAAGUCUGAAAGUUAUUCCCUUUUGUCCAUGAAAGGAAUGGGUAACCCUAAAAACCAAAAUGUAAACUUUGCAACGAUGAAAUCUGAAGGUAAAUUGAGGGAAAAAGUGUACUGUCCUCCGUGCAAACCAGAGAAGACUUGUGCCGAAACUUUGGGUGAACACAUUAUCAAAGAGGGACUGAGCUUGUGGCAUAAAACUCAGAAUAAAGAAGGAAAAUCUCCAGAUUUCCAGCAUGCAGCAUUUGCAGAUUCCAACAAACAAUAUAAUCCUGCACCAGACAUUCCCCUGGGAUUUCCUUUGGAUACUUGCAAAUUCAACCCCCCUAUGCCUCACCCAGAGAAUCCUGAGAAUUUUAUGUGUGAUUCCUGGGCCAAGGACCUGAUUGUAUCUGCCUUACUUUUGAUUCAGUACCACCUGGCCCAGGGAGGAAGCAUGGAUGCACAGAGCUUCCUUGAAGCUGCAAGCGACACCAACUUUCCUGCCAAAAAGUUCCCUGUAGUUCCUGAUGAGACCAACGUUAAGUCUCCUCAUAUGGGAGAUAACCAAGAAGAAGAAGAAAAGAAGGAUCUAAAGGGCAUUUUCUUCAACUUUAUCCGGAAUUUACUUAGUGAGACCAUUUUCAAGCGUGACCGUAGCUCUGAAUGCAAGGUGCCAGAACCGCCAGUUAAGGAAGAAGACGGCCACCUGUAUGAAAGACCUGUAACCCCCACCCCCAACAAGCUAAGUGAUGGCGAUGAGGCUGGUGGUGCCUUUGCUGGGCUGACCAAGAUGGUUGCCAACCAGUUAGACGGCCACAUGAAUAAGGAGAUGAUAGAACAUCUGACGGACUCAGUGAUGAAGUUGUGUCUCAUUAUUGCCAAGUCCUGUGACUCUCCCUUGACAGAGCUGGGAGAUGAUAAGUCUGGGGAGGCCACUAGGACAACUUCCACCUUCCCAGAGGGUUUAUAUGAGUGUUUAGCAGUUAAGGGGACAGGGACAGCAGAGGCUCUUUUGCAGAGUGCCUAUCAAGCUGUCCAUGAUGAAUUGAGAGGUGUAUCAGAACAGUUGCCUGAAGAGUGUACAUCACCCCCAGUGAUUGUCAGCAAUCACAACCUAAGUGGUGUGGUUCAGGACAAGCAACUCCAGGCCGUACUUCAAUGGGUAGCCGCCUCUGAGCUCAAUGUCCCGAUUUUGUACUUUGCUGGUGAUGAUGAAGGAAUCCAGGAGAAGCUACUCCAGCUCUCAGCUGCUGCUGUGGACAAAGGACGCAGCGUAGGUGAGGUUCUCCAGUCAGUGCUGCGCUAUGAGAAGGAGCGACAGCUGGAUGAGGCGGUGGGAAAUGUUACACGACUGCAGCUGCUGGACUGGCUGAUGGUGAACCUGUGA